AUGGAGUGGAGGUCGUGGAGGGGCAAAGGAGGCGGCGUGGAGUGGCAAUGCAUAGGGGAGGAGGAGGUGGUGGCGUGGAUGGGUGUGGAGUGGACGGCACGGAGGGGCAGAGGCAUCAACGAAGCGGAGAGGGAGGGUGAGGAGGCGAUGUCGCCGCACUGGCCGCCGCCGGCAGGCCGCCCGUCUGCACCUCCGCCACCGCCGGACCCUUCUACCUCCGCUGGGCUGCACCACAUCCUCGACGCCGGCGCCGUCGCUCUUGCCCACUGGAGCUCACGACCCCUACACAGUCGGCCGCCGCCCCUCACAUGCCAAGCUCGGGCGGGCAGCGGCGGGCGCGGUCGUGCCCCCAACAAGCUCUCCAAGAUCAAGGUGGUGCGCACAUCCGUCGCGCGCGUGCUCACCGUGAUCUCGCAGAAGCAGAAGGCGGCGCUGCGGGAGGCGUACAAGAACAAGCUGCUUCCGCUCGACCUCCGCCCCAAGAAGACCCGCGCCAUCCGCAGGCGCCUCACCAAGCACCAGCUCUCCUUGAAGACUGAGAGGGAGAAGAAGCGUGAGAAGUAUUUCCCCAUGAGGAAGUAUGCUAUCAAGGCCUAGAUUAGCACAAACAUGUUUUACCCCUGUCAAGUUUUGCCCAGAAGUUCCUUCAAUUUGAUGAAUGAACAUCUAUUGUCACCUAAGUACCAUGUAGCUGAUCAACUGCAUUAAAAUGUGACUUUUUGCUUGUUGA